AUGCAUUGGAAGUAUACAACGUUAUUAAUUUGUAUUUAUGGCAUAGUAAAGGAAUUUCGUCCAGCCACCCCUUUUCUAACUCCUUAUUUGGUUACUUACAAAAAUGUGACAGCAGAAGAAAUUUAUGGACAGGUCUACCCAUUCUGGACGUAUUCGUACAUGAUUUUCUUGAUACCGAUCUUCUUCUUAACUGAUAUACUUCGCUACAAACCAAUAAUCAUAUUAGAAGCAUCUUGUUUAGUCGGAACAUGGGUUUUACUAGUCUGGGGAGAAGGUGUCGCUCAAAUGCAGAUUAUGCAAGCCAUUUUCGGACUUUCAUCGGCAUCCGAAAUUGCCUACUACUCGUACAUGUAUGCAGUGGUGGAUGAAAAAAAUUACAAAAUGGUCACGUCCUAUAUUAGGGCAGCAGCCAUGGUAGGAAAAUUGCUGGCUUAUGGCUUAGGUCAAAUUCUUAUCUCUACUCAUGCUGGAAGUUAUCUACUACUGAAUCAAAUUUCUCUGGGAGCUGUUUGUCUUGUGUGGUUCAUCGCACUUUUCUUGCCUUCCAUUAAACCUGAAAUAAAGCCUAACGGAAGUUCAAACAAUUUGGCAGCUUCCGAGAACGAGCCGAAUGAAGCUGACAUCACACGUGGCCAAGUUGAAAGAAGGAAACUUCAGAAUGGGCUCCGAGUCUAUUUCAUUAACACACUUCGCAACUUCAGCAUUUAUAAGAAAAACAAAGUAGUCCUCAAAUGGUCGAUUUGGUGGGCUCUAACGAGUUGUGGAAUCUAUCAGGUUUAUAACUAUAUGCAAACGCUAUGGUUAGAGAUGCAGUCUGAUCCAUCCGAUGUAAACAAUGGAAUCGCUGAGUUCGCUCACACUGCUUUAGGAGCCGUAUUAUCCUUUGUGAUUCAAUAUUUGUCCAUCAAUUGGAAGCGUUAUGGAGAAGUGACACUAUGUGUUUCAUCGUUCCUGAUCGCAGGAAUAUUGGCAUACUUGUCGCAAACUUCUCAUAUCGUGAUAGGAUAUGUGGGAUAUGUAAUUUGUACUGGAAUAUAUAAUAUGCUCAUAACGGCUGCCAGUGCUAACAUAGCUACUGAAUUGACAAAUGCCAAUUAUGGACUUGUGUUUGGUUGGAAUACCUUUGUGGCUGUUUUGCUUCAAACCAUUCUGACUAUAACUGUGGCAGAUUCUCAUGGAUUCAAUUUACCUAUUAGGGAACAGUUCGAAGUUUACUCAGGUUUCUUUGCCUGUGUAGGAGUCGUGUUUUUGGUUUUUGUCAUGAUCAGAUGGGUUUCUGUUUGUUUCUGCACAAGACGAAGAUCUCUUUCAGUUGAAUAA